AUGUCUCCAUUGGUGAUGCUCAUCCUCCAGGUCUUAGUUGCAGAUCUACAUGCCCUGCCUUCAGGACAGACGUAUGAAACUGUUGUUCCACGGCGAAUUCAUGCCGAGUACAAAAGAGACGCUCAGGACAAAUACCCACAUGUGGCUACAUAUGAAUUACACAUUGAAGGAAAGCCUCUGGUUCUACACCUGGAGAGGAAUGAGGACCUGAUAGCUGAUAAUUACAAAGAGACAAGUUACCAUCAGGAUGACACACCGAUAAUGAGUAGCCCUAACAAGAAGAUAAAGGAUCACUGUCACUAUCAGGGCUAUGUGGAGAAUGACAGCCAAUCAGUGGCCAGCAUUAGCACCUGCUCUGGGAUAAGCGGGGUUAUCAUGACACAAGGCAGGAGGUUGCUAAUUGAGCCCCAAGACCUGACAAGUGAAGAACAUGUUGUAUAUGAAGAGAAAGAGCCCCCCAAAACCUGUGGAACGCUUAGUGAACCUUGGGAGGAAUUUUUGUUGGCUCAAGAGGUGUUACCUGCUUUGGAUAAUAAGGAAGAAAUUGACAAACUUCAGAAUUCAUGGAAGUAUAUAGAAAUGUAUAUGGUUGCUGAUAAAUCAUUGUUUGACAAAUUUAAACAAAAUGCCACAGCUGUGAAAAACAGAAUAUAUGAAGUUACUAAUUACAUGAACAUGGUGUUCAAGGCGAUAAACGUUUCUGUGGUUCUUGUUGGGCUUGAGAUCUGGGAAACAAAGAACCAGAUGGAAGUGAACUCCUCAAUGGGGAAAUCUUUAAAUAACUUCAGUAAAUGGAGGAAGGAAAUGUUAUUGCCUAGAUUAGCGCAUGACAAUGCUUAUCUCUUUUCGGCUAUAGACUUUGAUGGUGUUACAGUUGGAUUGGCACAUAUCGGGGUUAUGUGCAAUGAACAAUAUUCUGCUGGAGUUGUCCAGCAUGCCUCUCUUACCCAUGCAGCUCUCUAUUCGGCAGUAGUUCUGUGUGAUGAGGGGUCCAGAAUACCCGCGCUUCCCACUCAUUGGCUGCUGCGCCGGCUGGAUCAUACUUCUCGCUGCACCCAGAACAAGGACUUCACUAAGUCAUCAGCCGCUGUUGGAGCCACAUUUGUCCACGAGAUUUCCCACAACUUGGGAGUGAAUCAUGAUAACGCAAACUGCUCGUGUUCCUCAUUGACUUGCAUAAUGUCGCCGUAUGUCGGUUCUCCCAUCCCUUAUACAUUUAGUAAAUGCAGCCUGGACCAGUUCAAGACUUUCCUGAUGACCAAGGUGCCCACGUGUCUGUUGAAUGAACCCAAUAAAAAGACCAGUAUGGCCCCACCAGUGUGCGGAAACCACUUUGUGGAGAUGGGAGAGCAGUGUGACUGUGGAACUGAACAGGAAUGCACCAAUCCCUGCUGUGAUGCCCUCACAUGUAAUCUGAAAGCAGGAGCUGUCUGUGCAGAUGGGGAAUGCUGUGAGAAAUGUCAGAUGAAAAAAGAGGGAAGCGUGUGCCGACUCAGCCUUCAUGACUGUGACCUUCCGGACAAGUGUGAUGGGAAAUCCAAUCUCUGCCUCGAUCUUUUUAAAAAAGACGGAGCUUCUUGUAUGAAUGGCCAAGGUUAUUGUCUUCAUGGAAAGUGUCCGACGCUGGCAAACCAGUGCACUGCCCUGUGGGGUUCAGGUGCUCUUGUAGCUGCUGAUACCUGCUUUAAUGUAAACAUGAGAGGCGCAAACUAUGGAUACUGUACCCAGUUGGGGGGAAAAUUUCAACCAUGUCUUCCUCAAUCUGCUACAGGGGAGUGUGCACAAGCAAAAACACUGCAUAUGAUUCACUUGACUGUUUUGGUGAAUGCGCAGGCCAUGUGUUUCUCCACUCGUGGGCACGCUGAGCGCCGCGCACGAGCGGGGGGAGGGGAAGGAUGCCCACCCGCUCCUAUAUGGUUCCCGUCUGGCCGUUUACCUACGGCCAGCGGACAGGAGGUGGUUAAGGAUCAUCAUCACCGCAACCCCCACCAGCUGGUAUAA